AUGCCCGGCCCGCCCGGCCCGUCCGCCCGCCCGCCGCGGGGACCGGGCUCCACCUGCCGGAGCCGCCGGGCACGGCCGCCCAAUGCCCACCCCCGGAGCGGCACCGCCCCGGCACCGGGACCACCCUCGGCACCGCCCCGAGACUCCCAGGCCAACGCCCCCGGCACCGCCCCAGACUUCUGGCACCGCCCCACCCCCGGUCGCCCCCUACGACCCCUGCGGGUCUCGUCUCCACCGAGACCCGGGACCCAUCAUCGGUACCGCAAUAGUCACCGAUACCCCUCGCCGGGACCUGGACCGGGACUCGGUACCGUCACCGGCAUCCUAGGACUGACCUUGUUAUCGGCAGCGGUAUGUCAGGACCCACCCCCGACAUCGGCACCGACCCCCGGAUCCACCUCUGACACUGCCUCGAGCCCCGGCACUAACCCCGGUACCGAUCCCGCCCCGCUGUAUCCACCCCCGAUACCACCCCGAGACCAGGACCGGGACCCGGCACUGCAGGACUCACUCCCGCACUGGCACCGGCAGCCUUGCACUGUCCCCGGUACCGCACAGGCCUCCCGGCACCCAUUCUCGGCUCCUCUCCAAGCCCCGGGACGGGGACAUUGUACAGACACCGUCAUCUCAGGACUGCCCCUGUACCGGCGCCAGCAUCCCAGGACCCACUCGCAGUACUUCCUUGAGCCUCAGUGUCGACCCCCGGUACGGCAGCAGCAUUUCGGGACUGGCCCUUGGCACUGCCCUGAUCAUCCGGUCCCAUCCCUGGGACUGACCUCGGUACUGUGA